GUAAUAUGUAUCUAUAGUUAGAGAAAGUGUGUGUGUCUGUUUAUAAUAUAGAUACGUUUAUAGGCGUUAUGUAUGUAACAGGAAUUCAAUCGACGUUGUCAUAUAAGAAUUGUGUUUCUAGAAAGAGAAACGAACAAACGGACUGAUCUGAAGGCAGCUUCAGCUGCUAUAAUAUACGUGACUUACACAUUCCAAAUCAAUUUUUGUAGCUGUAUAUAUAUGUGUGUGAUUGGUUGCGGAGAAAGAGAUUAAUGAUCGUCGCUGAUCGCGGUCGGAAUUCGAAUGCAGCUAUUGGCGGAAGGUAUUGAUCGAUGUGGAGAUUUUGAUACAGCGAGAUGAUAUUUGAUGGCGAUUUUCUGGAUGUUAUUUGGAGUUUUUGUUUAUUUGCUAGAUAAAUCAUGAAUGCGUGGGAUGCUGGUUUACUUUAUGAAAGCCCCUGAAAAGUUUACUAAAUUCUGUUCUAUCAAGCUUUCACGGAUUUUGAUUUCAGCUCUUUGGAAUUUUGUAAUUUUCGGAAAAUGACUAUUAAUUGAGAAUCAUGAAGAUUUACGAAAUCUUUGCUUCAGAAGAGUAUUUUUGGCUUGAAUUUUGAAUUGCUACUAGAAGAAUGCCAGAAAUAGUUAUGAUUCAUGAAGAUGAAAGAGGGAGAAGGUCCGAUCUUGAGAUUAUCCCUGAGGUUGACAAGAGACGCCGUAGGAUGAGAUCUUUGAGGAGGAAAGCCAUGACUGGUUCCACAAGAGGCACAAGUUCUCUGAUAAAACGCAGUAGGCAAGUGUUGCAUUGCCAUUUUUCCUCAAUGUCGACGGAGGAGUUUCUCGAUGAGGAGGAAGAGAAGGCAGUGAAUGCAUUUCGUCAGGUUUUGAUUGAAAGAGACCUGCUUCCAGCGCGGCAAGAUGAUUACCAUACUUUGUUGAGAUUCUUGAAAGCUAGAAAGUUUGAUCUUGACAAAACCGUUCAUAUGUGGGAAGAAAUGUUGAAAUGGAGGAAAGAGAAUGGAGUAGACUCUAUUUUUCAGGAUUUUGUUUAUGACGAAUAUGAAGAAGUUCAGCACUAUUAUCCUCAUGGUUAUCAUGGAGUUGAUAAAGGAGGGCGGCCUUUGUAUAUCGAAAGACUUGGCAAAAUUGAACCGAACAAGCUCAUGAGUGUCACAACUGUGGAUAGGUUCUUAAAAUAUCAUGUUCAAGGUUUUGAAAGAACUUUUGUAGAAAAGUUCCCAGCAUGUUCUAUAGCAGCCAAGCGGCAUAUUGAUUCAACAACGACAAUACUGGAUGUACAGGGCCUGAACUGGAUGAGUUUUGGGAAGGUCGCACAUGAUCUAGUGAUGCGCAUGCAGAGAAUAGAUGGAAACAACUAUCCUGAGACAUUACAUCAUAUGUACAUAGUAAAUGCUGGUGGUGGAUUCAAGUGUCUGUGGAAUUGGGCUAAAGGCCUUCUUGAUCCAAGGACCACAAUGAAAAUUACUGUUCUAGGGACUAAAUUUCAAGAUAAGCUAUUGGAAGUGAUAGAUGCUAGUCAAUUGCCAGAUUUUCUUGGAGGUUCCUGCUCAUGCCCGAAUCAAGGUGGUUGUCUUAGAUCCGACAAGGGCCCCUGGAAAAAUCCACAACUGAUGAAGCUGGUUGACACAUUACUGAAUGGUGAAUCAAUUUAUCCGAGGAAGACAAACUUUUCUGGCAAUGAUGAUUUUGAAACUAAGCUAAUUGACAAGGGCUUAAGUAGUGAUAUUUAUCCAGUUGGUUUCUCUGGGAGUAAUGAUUUUGAGAUGAAGUUGAUUGAUAUGAAGACUCAGGAAACAAUAUCACGAGCAGAACCUUAUAAAGUUGGGGCUGACGAUGAAAAUCAUUGUCCACCAAAAUUGACCACAUUGGCCCCAGAACAAAGGCCACCAAAGGGAUUGAUCUCCACCAAGGUGACGGAUGUACUGUUGAGAUUUCUAGCAUGCAUAUGGUUUUUGCUCGAAGGGAUGUUCAGGAUAUUUUUCAAGACGCAAAACGCUGAGAUACUAAAAGAAAUUAAUCAAACUACACGGUUACCAAAUUCAAAUUAUCCGGAUGAACAGGGCAUCUGUGGAAGUUCUGGAGGGCUUAUCCAUCCAUGUUGCCAGAAGUUGCAGCAUUUAGAGAAUUUGGUAAAUGAACUUACGAAAAGGCCAGCAAAAAUUCCACCAGAAAAAGAUGAAAUUUUGCUUGAAUCUAUGAACCGCAUCAAAUCCAUUGAGCAUGACUUGCAGAAGACCAAAAAGGCACUACUCGCCACAACAUCAAAACAAGUGGAACUGUCCGAGUCAUUGGAGACUUUGAAGGAGUUCAAUCAAAAGGGCAGUAGAGGUUGUUGGGUACGAAGCAGCAAGUCUCUACCUCGCGGAACCUAACAUUCAUUCACUAACACCUAAGAAGAGUUUACCCGUAUAUCCUUAUACUUCAAUCCUUGCAACAUCCUGAGAUUUUUUCUGCCCCAACUAACCUGGACAAGGCAAGAACACUGUUAUUCAGUUGCUCGGUGGAUCAGCAAACUUGAGGUACUAAGCCUUACUGGUUAAUCCAUCCAGGUUGUUUUGGUCCUGCUCCAUUUUUUUAUCUGGGAGCUGUGAGCUAAUAAGUGCGCUGUGAAGAUUUCAAUUUGAAAUAUUUGGAGAUAGUGUAUACUUCUUUCUUCCAUUAUGAUAGUUUGAAGUAUUAAACAGAGUUGCAAUAGAGGAAAUAAUUUUGAAGAACGUUUCUUUUCUUUCUGUCUUUUAUUGUAGAUAUAUAUUGUACUUUCAUUUGAUUCUGAGCAGCUCUGUUUACUACUUUGAAGGUUUUGAUGUUCAGAUCCCCAUAUUUAUUCAAUAUUUCUGCUGCUAAUGUUUAGUUUA